AUGGCCACACCUAUGGAAGAUGUACAGCAGUAUCUCUAUGAAAACAUAAAAGAUGACCACGACCUCAACUUGAACCACAUCACAAAUCUUCUGGAAUCCCGCAGAAACGAGCAAGCCAAUCUGGAUCCUCAGCUUCAAGCCUUGGAACAGGAGACAAAGAGCAUUUUGUCACAGACGAUGGAAGCAACAAAGUUAUGCGAAUCAACCUUGAGCCGCUUGAACACCUCGUUGACGACAACAGAAAGAAAUAUUGACAGUUAUAUGAGCGAAUCAACUGGAAACACUCCUAAAGCAAACCUUCUCGAGCAAUUGACAGUAUUGGAAAACAAGCUCAAGGCAAUCGAUAAUGCAAAGAGCUAUAUCAAGGCACUGCUGGUUGUCAAGGAAUUAAGCUCCCAAGCACUGAAUCUCGUAAAGACAGAGCCUGAACGGGCCAUUAUACCUUAUUCACAACUUUUAAAGUUCGAGACGUACAUCAACGACCAAUCCAAGCAACAUGAGCAGUACGGUGCAUUAUCAGAGCAUGUGCAAAAGAGCCGAAUCCGUCUUUGCGAAGAACUGGAUGCAGUGUUGACGGCCGACUUUAAGCAGACCUUGGAUAGCUUGUCAUGGCCUACGCCCAUGAAACCACCUUAUGGGCCUCAACUCAAAGCAAAACUCAAGGAUUUUGAAAAGGCAUUCCACAAUUUACUCUUGCUAAAGAAGCCAUCAGAAAGCAAAGACGACAUUCUUAGCCCAAUUGCCGUCAUGCUGGAAGGUCUUUCGUUGAGAUUUCGAUUUCACUUUGAGACAUCCAAGCCAACGAAUCGCAUCGAUAAACCAGAAUGGUAUUUGCAGCAUGUCAAGAAUACGAUCUCUACCCAAAUGCCGUUCAUAAUGACCACAAUUCAGCCCAUCAUGGAAACGAUCAAACAAGACAAAGUGAUUUACGCCAAAGAUCAGUUCAUUCGCGGCUUAUUGCAGGACGUUACAAGAAAACUGGAAAAGACAAUGCCAGAAUUACUGAACCACCCCAACUGGCUCAGUCAUACAAUCCAUCAAGUGCUGCAAUUUGACAGAUCUCUGCAGGAAGAAUUUGCUUACGAUCAAUACGCUGCACUGUCCAAUGUGAUUCUGGGCAACUCGGCCUGGUUCAAUGCUUGGUUUCAAGCUGAGAAGUCAUUUGCCCAAGCCAGAUACGAUGAGAUUUUGCUAGACAAUCAAGCAUUUAACAUUUAUGCAGAGGAUGAUUUCGAAAAAUCGCAACAGCAAUCCAAUGGCAAACCCAUCAAGCGCACUAAAUCAGCUGUGCGACUGAUCAACCUCUUGGAAAGCAUCACAAAUACCUACAGCGUUAUCCCAAAUCUUGUCCAAAAGUUCAAGUUCUUUGCCGAUAUUCAGCUGGAUCUGCUGCAGCAGUAUCAAAAGCGUUUGUCUGCAGCCAUUGAUUCAUUCGAAGCACUUAGUUUGAUUCGAUCAGUCCCUGUGCCAGGAGCACUACCAGAAGCAGUUACCGGCGUCAUGACAGCCACUGAAACAGGAGGCACGGUAUCAGCAUUGAAUCGUUUGUACAGAUGGUGGACCAGUGCUAGAUCCAUCAGUGACGUGUUGAAGGACUGGACAGAAGAAGAGCUGUUUCUUGAUAUGCAAUACGAGAUCAAUCAAGAGCCUGCUUGUAUCAAGGAGAUUAUACGUGAAAAUGAAAAGAACAACUGCAUGCUGCAAUUAUCAAAUCAGCAGACUGACGGAUUGUUCUCCAACGCUUUGAUUGCGUACGAGCAACUGAAUAAACGAUCAGAGAAGAUUAUCGUCAAGAUUGCCAUCAAAGAGUGGACCACAGAGACGAGACAAUAUGCGAAAAAGGAUGUUUGGUGGCAGUCGUCCACCGAGACACCAAGCGAGAUUUCGGAUGAACUGUAUAGACCUCUUCAAGAUUUACGAGUGACAUGGAACUAUUUGUACAAUACUUUACCGCAAGCAGACUUUUUGGUUGUAUAUCGCAAAACACUCAAAGAGAUUGAAAACUGGUACUGGAAAAAUAUCAUCACGCAGAGCCAGUUUUCUACGACAGGUGCCUGUCAAUUAGAGACUGAUCUGACGCAAGGAUUAUGGAAGAUAGGACAAAAAUGGGUGUCCAAGCCAGAGAACUUUAUGAAGAGGUUGAAGGAGACGAUACAACUGCUGACAUUGCCAUUUUCAUCAGAACAAGACGAUAUUCCAGCCUGUGAUGUUCUCAUGAAAGCGCUUACAGACACCAAGCAGCUAGAGCUUGUGCAAAAUACGCUUGCAAAACUAGGAAUCGAGGUAUUGAGCAAUGGUGAAAUCCGUGAUGUGCUUCGAAGACGAAAUGACAUGUUGUACAGCUGGAACUGA